AUGGCGCGGCGCCAGCUGUCGUGGGCCCGGGUGCUCUUCUUCGGACUGCUCGCACCGCUGGCCACAGCAGCGGAUGCCAAUGCCGAAGCAGAAGGGGGCUCGGCAGACGGCCUGGCCUACGAAACCAUCCAAAACGUGGACAUCUACACCGAUAAUGCCACAGCUCCCACCACCCAAACACCCCCGGUCGAGGGAUGGUGGGAUUCGAGAAUCUGUUCGGGAUCCUACUGCGUCUACACCAACCGUCGCAUCGCCAAUGGGCGAGGUCUCGUGGCCGUCACCAGAACCGACGAUUUCCAGAAGUUUGAGCGCAUCGAGCAGCACCUCAACCGCGGCGAGAACAAUUACCUGCAAGAUCCCGUCCCCUUCAAGACCACCGACAUACCCAACAAGGGCUCUGGCGUGACCGCCACGAAGAACAUCCGCCGCGGCAAGCCCCUCAUGGCCUGGUCGCCCGUGCUCGCGGUGCACAAGUCCUUCUUCGAGGACGUCACCAAGCGAAAGGAGCGCGACCGCCUCCUCGAGGCCGCCGUCUCCUUCCUGCCCGAGGCCACCCGCGCCGUGUUCGACAAGCAGCGCGCCCGCCCCGGCGACAGCGAGGGCACCAACCGGCGCUCGGUCGAGGACAUUGUGCUGGCGCACCCGUUCGAGAUCGACCUGGGCUACGUCAGCUACCGGCAGAUGAACUCCGAGGAGCACUCCCGGCACUACGUCAACUACCCGGAGGUGGCCGUCUUCCAGCACGACUGCCGGCCCAACGUGGCCACCUUCAUCGACGCCUCCUUCGCCCUGCGCGCCACCGUCGCCCGCCGCGUCCAGGAGGGCGAGGAGCUGACCGUCGCUUACGUCGACCCCUUCCUACCGCGCGAGCAGAGGGCCUCCUGGGUACGCCAGUACCGCGGCUUCCCGGACAGCAAGGGGUGCCCGUGCAGCGCGUGCAGCCCGCCCGGCGGGCCCAAGGGGGGCAAGGCCGCGCAGGGGGACAAGCGGCUCAAGGAGAUCCUGAGGAUCCGCGGCGAACUGCGGAAUCCCGAUAGCACCAAGGUGGACUUUGCCACGAUCGAGCGCUUCCUAAAGCUGUACGAGGAGGACCGCCUGCACGCCAAGCUGGCCGAGGCGUACGAGCUGGCGGCGCUCAACUUCAACUACCUGGGCGACGACAAGAGGGCCAAGAAGUACGCCGAUCUGGCGGUGCAGGCGGGCAUCAUCGAGCAGGGCGUCGACGCCAACGACGUGAUCGCCAUGAAGAUCAUGGCCAAGGAUAUCAAGGGACACUAUUCGUAUCGGUACACGCUCAAGAGACGGGGAAAAUAA